GGAAGCCGCGGCGCUGUGGGGUCCUGAGCACGCCGGCUCCGCCGGCCGCAGCCGCGCCUCCAGCCCCCGGCCCGCACCUCGGCCCAGUGGUCGCGCCUUGUUUGCCCCACACUUCAUGUGGACCCACGCUCUUCCCUGGUGUCCGGAAGUGAGGGGAUGUUUGUGACCCCUGAGGAGAGGAAGCCACCAGCCUGUCCUCUUCAGAUGUACUCAGCCGUCGGCACGCCCUGACCCAAAGGGCCAGCUGAGCUGGGGGCUUGGGGAGCGGCCGUCCAGACGCCCAGGCUGAUGGAGACGGAGUCUGUGGCGGCGGCGGCGGCGUGCAGCAGGCGGACAACGAGAGGUGGCCGGCCGUGACUGGGGCGCUGGCUCCCAGCCCUGGCGGUGUGACCAUGCGGCCUGGGACAGGACGCCGCUGAGAGUGUGGGCCCCCUCCCUGCUUUCCCCCUGGGGGCUGCUGCCCUGCCCCCUACCCGGUCCCCCUGGGCAGGCACAGCGGGGUCUCCCGCCAGGGCGGUCCCCAUGGCCCCGUGCCGCUGGGGCGCGCUGUGGCUGUGUGUGGCGGCGGCCACCCUGUUGCACGCGGGCGGCCUGGCCCGCGGCGACUGCUGGCUGAUUGAGGGCGACAAGGGCUUCGUCUGGCUGGCCAUCUGCAGCCAGAACCAGCCGCCCUACGAGGCCAUCCCCCAGCACAUCAACAGCACCAUCGUGGACCUGCGGCUGAACGAGAACCGCAUCCACAGCGUGCAGUACGCCGCGCUCAGCCGCUUCGGCAACCUGACGUACCUCAACCUCACCAAGAACGAGAUCGCCUACAUCGAAGACGGCGCCUUCUCGGGCCAGUUCAACCUGCAGGUGCUGCAGCUGGGCUACAACCGUCUGCGCAACCUCACGGAGGGCGCGCUGCGCGGGCUGGGCAAGCUGGAGUACCUGUACCUGCAGGCCAACCUCAUCGAGGUGGUCACGCCUGGCGCCUUCUGGGAGUGCCCCAACAUCGUCAACAUCGACCUGUCCAUGAACCGCAUCCAGCGCCUGCACAGCGCCACCUUCGCUGGCCUGGCGCGGCUGUCCGCCUGCGAGCUCUACAGCAACCCCUUCUACUGCUCCUGCGAGCUGCUGGGCUUCCUGCGCUGGCUGGCGGUCUUCACCAACACCACGCAGGCCUACGACCGCAUGCAGUGCGAGGCGCCGCCGCCCUACGCCGGCUACUUCCUGCUGGGCCGGGGCCGGCACGGCCAGCGCAGCAUCCUGGGCACACUGCAGGCCGUGUGCACACAUGGCGACUACGUGGCCGAGCCCCGCCCGCCACCCGAGCGCCCGCCGUCCCUGCCGCCACCCGAGCCCAGCGAGACCCCCUGCCCUGACGAGGACUGCUUCUCAGGCGACGGCACCACCCCGCUGGUGGCCCUGCCCACGCUGGCCACCCAGGCCGAGGUGCGUCCCCUCAUCAAGGUCAAGCAGCUGACGCAGAACUCGGCCACCCUCACGGUCCGGCUGCCCAGCCCAUUCAACCGCAUGUACACGCUGGAGCACUUCAACAACAGCCGGCCCUCCACCGUCUCCCGUCUGACCAAGCCGCAGGAGGAGAUCCGCCUGACCAACCUGCACACGCUCACCAACUACACCUACUGCGUGGUGUCCGCCAGCUCGGGGCUGCUGCACAACCACACCUGCCUGACGCUCUCCCUGCCCAAGCCGCCCAGCCCGCCGGGGCCCGCGCCCAGCCCCUCCACCGCCACCCACUACAUCAUGACCGUCCUGGGCUGCCUCUUCGGCAUGGUGCUGGUGCUGGGUGCCGUCUACUACUGCCUGCGCAAGCGGCGGCGCCAGCAGGAGAAGCACAAGGCGGCGGCGGCCGCGGCGGCCGGCAGCCUGAAGAAGACCAUCAUAGAGCUCAAGUACGGGCCAGAGAUGGAGGCGCCCGGCCUGGCCUCGCUGCCCCAGGGCCCGCUGCUGGGCCCUGAGGCCGUGACCCGCCUCCCGUUCAUGCCGGCGGUGGGUGGUGAGGCGCAGCCGUACAAGCUGGCGGAGAGUGACACGCCCAAGGGCGGCAAGGGUGCCUACCUGGAGGUCCGCACCGGGGAGCCGGCCGAGCGCCGGGACUGCGAGCUGGGCCGCCCAGGCCCUGACAGCCAGAGCUCCGUGGCCGAGAUCUCCACCAUCGCCAAGGAGGUGGACAAGGUGAACCAGAUCAUCAACAACUGCAUCGACGCCCUCAAGUCCGAGGCGGCUGCCUUCCCAGGCGCCAAGGCUGGGGCCACAGCUGCCGCGGAGCCCCCGCUGGUGCUGCUCUCUGAGCCGCUGGCCGGCAAGCAGGGCUUCCUGUCGCCUGCCUACAAGGACGCCUUCGGCCGCAGCCUGCAGCGCCACCACAGUGUGGAGGCGGCCCCUGGGCCCCCGCGCCCCAGCACCUCCUCCAGCAGCUCCACACGCAGCCCCAGGGCCUUUUGCGCCGAGACCCCUGGGGCACACAAGGCCACUGCAGCCGAGGCCAAGUACAUCGAGAAGAGCUCACCCGCUGCCGACGCCAUCCUCACUGUGACGCCUGCGGCCACCGUGCUGCGGGCCGAGGCCGAGAAGGGCCGCCAGUACGGCGAGCACCGGCACUCGUACCCCGGCUCCCACCCUGCCGAGACGCCCUCACCACCCGCGCCCCUGCCCCAUGAGGGCCUGGGUGGCCGCAAGGCGUCCAUCCUGGAGCCGCUGACCCGGCCACGGCCCCGCGACCUGGCCUUCUCGCCGCUGUCCCCGCAGUACCGCCACCUGAGCUACACCUCCAGCCCCGAGUACACCUGCAGGGCCUCCCUCAGCAUCUGGGAGCGCCUCCGCCUGAGCCGCCGGCGGCACAAGGACGACGAGGAGUUCGUGGCGGCCGGCCACGCGCUGCGCAAGAAGGUCCAGUUCGCCAAGGACGAGGACCUGCACGACAUCCUGGACUACUGGAAGGGCGCGUCAGCCCAGCACAAGUCCUGAGCCCCGGCCGCGCUGCGCCCGGCACCCGGGACGCCCACUGGACCAAAAAGGACACGAGACCCACCGCAGGUCUCCGUGACCCAGAGACUCUCGAGCACCGCACACACGGACUCUCUCACACACACAGACAUGUAGACACACACAGACACACACGGAGACACAACACAGACACAUGGAGACAGACACACACACACAGACUCACACACGAGCAGGCAGGUGAGGCACGGCCCACGGACAGAGCGGGGAGGGGGCGCCCAUGGUGACAACAGCAGGUGGGCCUCCCAGGGAACCUGUCCUGCGUGAGCUGUCCCACAGGAGGGCACACACUGUGCAGACACCACACACACACCACGUGAGCACACAUGCAAACACACACACACACACACACACAAGGGACUUCGGAAAACUGUGUCUUAGGGAUGGGGGUGGGGGAGGGGAACUUUCUUUUUCAAUAUCUUUCCUGUUUUGACUCUUCUCUGCCUUCUUUUCCUCUCUCUCUCCUUCCUUUUUAAAAAUGACGUAAUAAAAGUCAAGUUCUCGUGAAAAGACAAGACAGCAGUUGCGGGGAGUGAGGCCCCAGCCCCCGUGGGGUCUCCAUCGCUGUCUUCUGUGGACUGUGCUCCAUGGUCUGUGCAGUUGUCUCUCUGCUGCCACCAGCGGAGGCCACCAAGGAGCAGAGUGACAGCUGGCGGCCGAAUGGCCUCUGGACGUGCU